GCUCAGCUGACACUGCGGAGUGACGCGUCGUCAUUGUGCCGUCCAUUCCAUAAUAAACAAACACAAAUCUUAUGCGAACGGGAGUUUUUAACGAUUAACGAUGAGUAAACUUAAACUUGAGAAUAAAGAAGAAUAUUUUGCCAAAAAGAGAGAGCAGGCAAAGUUAUGGUACCAAAAUAUUAAAAACAACCCAGACUUGUAUGCGGAAUAUCAAAGGAAAAAUAGACUUAAAUAUGAAAAAAGGCUAGCGCAAAAAAAAGUCGUCCCCAUAAGUGAGAUGACAUCUACACAGCAAAGAAAGCAGAGGGAAAAAUGGAGGGAAGAAAGAAAGCGCAGAAAUCAACGAAUAAAGGAGAAAAAAGAAAGAGAGAGACAAUCUAUGGCUGAAAAUAGUCCACCAGAAGGUGACAUUUACCCCGUUCAUUUAAUAGAAACUAUACUACUACCUAACCCUGAGAAUACCGAAGAAGAUUUCACUAUAGAGACAGAUAGUCAGGAUAUAAGCAACCAAGACAUUAAAGAUAAUCUGGAAUUAAAUACAGAUUACCAAAGUAGAAAUGAAAAUAAUACAAUGCAAGAACAUAUUCCUACAAUAGAAAAGACAUAUUGUCAGCAAAAAAAUCAAACGGGGAAGAUAGGAGGAAGAAAGGGAAGACUGGAACCAGCUAAAGAUAAAACAGAAAACCUCAAACCUGAGAACACUGAAGAAGUUUUCACCAUAAAGAUGGUAAGUGAGGACCUAAGCUAUCAAAGUAUCAAUGACAAUCCGGAAUUAAAUUUGAGUGAUAUUGGAAACCGUGACAGGAAAAAAGCGCAAGGCAAAAAUGUCCCCUCAAACGAAAUGACAUCUUGUCAGCGUCAAAUGCAAAGGGAGACGUUAAGAGACCAUGAAGGGGAAGUACAGAAUAACAUUAUUAAUAACAAUCCAGAAUUGAAUUUGGACUAUCAAGGUCAAUAUGAAAGGAACAAAGAGCAAGAAAAUAUUACCCCGAGAAAAGAAAUGUCAUCUAGCCAGCAGAAAAUGCAAAGACAGAACUUAAGAAAAGAAGGGAAGAGAAGAUGUCAACCAAAGAAAGAAAAAAAAGAGAAGCGUACAGAGAAGUGGAGAGCAGAAUCAAAAAGAAGAUAUCAACAAAUGAAAGAAAAAAAAGACAGGGAGAAACAUUCUGUGACUGCGAAUAAACAAGCAUAUUUAACCAAAAAGAGAGAACAGGCGAAAUUAUGGUACCAAAAAAUAAAAAACAACCCAGAAUUAUAUGCGGAAUAUCAAAGGAAAAACAGACUAAAAUAUGAAAAAAGGAUAGCGCGAAAAAAAGUAGUCCCCAUAAGUGAGAUGACAUCUACACAGCAAAGAAAGCAGAGGAAGAAGUGGAGGGAAGAAUCAAAUAGAAGAUAUCAACGAAAGAAAGGCAAGAAAGAAAGAGAUAAACAAUCAGGGGCUGAAAAUAAUUCACCAGAAGAUAACAGUUAUCCCGUUAAUUUAAUAGAAACCAUAUUAAUACCUAACUUUGAGAAGAGCGAAGAAGUGUUCACUAUAAAGACGGAAAGUCAGGAUGUAAACUACCAAGACAUUAAUGAUAAUCUGGAAUUAAAUUCAGAUUAUCAGAGAGAACACGAAAAUAAUACAAAGCAAGAAGAACAUAUUUCUACAAUAAAAAUUACAUCUUGUCAGCAAAAAAAUAAAACGUACGAACCAGAUAAAGAUAAAAACGAAAUCCUCAAACCUGAGAACACUGAAGAAGUUUUCACAAUAGAGAUGGAAAGUGAGGACCUAGGCUACCAAAGUAUCAAUGACAAUCCGGAAUUUAAUUCGAGUGAUAUUGGAAACUAUGAAAGGAAAAAAGCGCAAGACAAAAAUGUCCCCUCAAACGAAAUAACAUCAUGUCAGCAUCUAAUGCAAAGGGAAAAGUUAAGUGACAAUGAAGUGGAAGUUAACAGGGAAGAAGUUUUUCCCAUAAAGACGGAAAGCGAGGAGCUAAAUGACAGUCUUAACAACAGUUCAGAAUUGAAUUUGGAUUAUCUAAGUCAAUAUGAAAGAAACAAAGAGCAAGAAAAAAAUACCCCAACAAAAGAAAUGUCAUCUAGUCAGCAGAUAAUGCAAAGGACGAACUUAAGAGAAAAAAGGAAGAUAUGUCAACCAAAGAAAGAUAAAAAAGAUAAACGUAAACAGAGUAGAGAAGAACUUUUAGCCAAAAAAAGGGAACGCGCGAGACUAAGGUACCAUUAUAUUAAAAACAAUCCAGAAUUAUAUUCGGAAUAUCAAAGAAAACAAAAUACUAAUUAUGAAAACAGGAAAGCGCAAAAAAAAAUUCUCACCAUAAAUGAAAUGACACCCAGUCAGCAAAAAAGGCAAAGAAAGAAGUGGAGAGCAGAAUCAAAAAGAAGAUAUCAACAAAUGAAGGAAGGAAAAGAAAGGGAGAAACUAUAUGUGGCAGAGAACAAAGAAGCUUAUUUAACCAAAAAGAGAGAACAGCAAAAAAUGCAAAGAGAGAAGUGGAGAGCAGAAUCAAAAAGAAAAUGUCAACUGAAAGAAAGAAAAGAAAGGGAGAAGCAAUAUGUGGCUGAGAAUAAAGAAGCUUAUUUAACCAACAAGAGAGAACAGGCGAAAUUAUGGUACCAAAAAAUAAAAAACAACCCAGAAUUAUAUGCGGAAUAUCAAAGGAAAAACAGACUAAAAUAUGAAAAAAGGAUAGCGCGAAAAAAAGUAGUCCCCAUAAGUGAGAUGACAUCUACACAGCAAAGAAAGCAGAGGAAGAAAUGGAGGGAAGAAUCUAAGAGAAGCUAUCAACGAAGGAAAGACAAAAAAGAAUGAGAGAAACAAUCAGGGACUGAAAAUAAUUCACCAGAAGAUGAUAGUUACCCCGUCCAGUUAUUAGUUGUUAGAAAAACAAAAAUUAUAAGUGUGGAUUUGUGAGAAUUAGCCUUAUUGGCUUCCCAAUGGCACCAAGUCACGAUGAGAACGUCUGACAGGCUUUUAACCUCGCGUUUUGUAAAAAAAAAACAAUUAUAAUUAGGAAACUAUAAAAAACAUAAAAAAUAAAAUUUGUUUGCCAGAACCCCUAGC